UGUCAUUGACAACAUCUUCAUGUGAAAGUAUCUUUUUCCUUCAAUAAUUCUUCUCCCAAAUUCUUCUAAAAAAAAUGGAAAUUACAAACUUCUUAACAACAAUUCUCAACCAAAUACAAAUUUCAGAUAUAUUCCUAGCAUUAUUAGGACUCUUCAUAGUCACCUACAUCCAUGAAAAACUCACCAACAAAGGUCCUACAAUAUGGCCAAUAAUUGGCAUGAUCCCUUCUUUAGCCCACCAUUUCCAUGAAAUCCAUGAAUGGAACACCAAAGCUUUGGAAAAGAGUGGUGGGAGUUAUAGAGUUAAGGGAUUAUUUGGCGGUUUUCGAGGUAUUAUGAUUGCUGAUCCUAGUAAAAUUGAGUAUAUACUUAAGACUAAGUUUAAGAACUUUCCUAAAGGAAAGUAUUAUAGGGAGAGAUUCGGAGAACUUCUCGGUAACGGAAUUUUUAACUCCGACGACGACGAGUGGAAGGAGCAACGCCGGAUUGCUACGUCGGAGAUGCAUACUACUCGGUUUGUGGUCUAUUCUUUGAGGACCAUGCAAAGUCUUGUGCAUGAUAAAUUACUUAAGGUAAUAGAGAAGCAAGUGAACUCAUCAAAAGAAAACACCAUGGACCUCCAAGAGUUGCUCCUCCGUUUCACCUUCGACAACGUCUGUGUGGCCGCGUUCGGUGUCGAUCCCGGUUGCUUAGCCCUCGACUUACCGGAAAUCCCGUUCGCAAAAGCAUUCGAGGAAGCAACAGAGUAUUCUCUGUUCAGGUUUUUAGUCCCACCCGUUGUUUGGAAAACAAUGAGAUUCUUGAACGUGAGCAAAGAAAGAAAGCUUAAAGAUGCGGUAAAAACCGUGCAUGAAUUCGCCGAAACAACGGUAAAAAACCGUAAAGCGGAUUCAAAUAAACCCCGUGGUAAUAAAUUUGAUCAAGACCCUUGUGAUCUUUUAUCUAGGCUGAUAAAAAUGCAGGAUCAACAACAAACCACUAAAUUUUCUGAUAAAUUUCUGAAGGAUUUCUGCAUAAGUUUUAUCCUAGCAGGCCGCGACACCAGCUCCGUGGCCCUAGUCUGGUUCUUCUGGCUCCUACACGAAAACCCGAGCGUGGAGAACAAAAUCCUUCGCGAAAUUAGCGAGGUGGUAUUAGCUCAAAGGGCAAAAUAUAAACAUGAACAAUCAAACUCCAAUAUAGUUUUCCAAGCGGAAGACUUGGAAAAAAUGAUAUACUUACAGGCAGCGUUACUAGAGUCGUUAAGACUCUACCCUUCUGUCCCAAUUGACUUUAAACAAGCCAAGGAAGACGAUGUUUUCCCAGAUGGUAUGACAAUUGGAAAGGGUCAUAGAGUGUUGUACCACGUGUAUGCUAUGGGAAGGUUGAAGUCGAUAUGGGGAGAAGAUUGUUCCGAGUUUAAACCGGAAAGAUGGUUUAAAGACGGACAAUUUGUACCCGAAAAUCAGUUUAAGUAUGUUGUGUUUAAUGCUGGACCGAGGCUUUGUGUAGGGAAGAAGUUUGCAUAUACACAGAUGAAAAUGGUGGCUGCCUCGAUACUUUUAAGGUAUAGAGUUAAGGUUGUUGAAGGUCAAGUUAUUGUACCAAAGGUUACCACAACUCUUUACAUGAAGCAUGGUUUGCAUGUUUCCUUUCAACCAAGGCAACUUGGAGGGGAAUGAUAGCACUUUUGACUUGAAAGUGUACUAUUCUUAAGUUGCUUACUAUGUAAAGGUGAAAAUAUAUAGUGUGAAAAUGUAUGGGAAUGUUUAACUAUCUUAUGUUAUAUGUCUAAAUAUAAUGUUGUUUAAUGUAAUAUGUACAUAAUAAAAAAAAAGUUGUUGACAAAUUUGCUUGAUAAGGAAAA